UGAUGGUAUUCAUUAUAUUUCUUCUGAUUUUUAAAGAAACUAAAACUGUGGGGCCCCAGGCACUGUGCCUGCUGUGCCCACUGGCCCUGCCAGCUGGUGGCAAGAAGGUCAGCAAAGCCGCUGUUAAAGGGAAGGUAAAGAGGGCUCGGUUCAUGGCAAGGGGGCAGUGGUCCACUCAGCCAGCAACAUGCUCCGCUUCCUGGUGUUCACCACCCCGGUCCUUUAUGGACACAGCACCCAGGACUUUCCAGAAACCAAUGCCCGGGUAGUUGGAGGGACUGAGGCCCGGAGGGAUUCCUGGCCCUCUCAGAUUUCCCUCCAGUACCUGUCUGGGGGCCAAUGGUAUCACACCUGUGGAGGGACCCUCAUCAAACAGAACUGGGUGAUGACGGCUGCUCACUGCGUGGACACACAAAUGACCUUCCGUGUGGUGGUUGGAGAACACAACCUGAACCAGAAUGAUGGCACCGAGCAGUCUAUGAGUGUGCCGAAGAUCGUGCAUCCAUCCUGGAACAGCAAUAACGUGGCUGUCGGCUAUGACAUUGUCCUGCUGCGCCUGGCCCAGAAAGUGACCCUCAACAGCUAUGUCCAGCUGGGUGUUCUGCCACAGGAGGGAACCAUCCUGGCCAACAACAGCCCCUGCUACAUCACAGGCUGGGGCAGGACCAAGAGGGGAUUCUGGGGGCCCUCUCCAUUGCUUGGUGAGUGGCAAGUACACCGUCCACGGAGUGACCAGCUUUGUGUCCAGCCUGGGCUGUAAUGUCUCCAGGAAGCCCACAGUCUUCACCCAGGUCUCUGCCUACAUCUCCUGGAUAAACACAGUUAUUGCCUCCAACUGAAUAUCUUCCUGAAUCCAACAGCCUGCCCAGGAUGAUGCUUAGAUCCACAGUAGGACUUGAGAUCGUCAAGGAAAAAACUUUCUGAGAGACCACCGAGCCAGAUACAGAAAAGCAAAUACAACUGAAUAUACAUUAUCACCCUGAAUCUUUUUGUUUGUGAUGGAGCCCUCUAAAGGAAAUGCAGUUCUAGGAUCCACAUCGGAUGUCACCACAUUUCUGUGCUGGUUCUUCCAUUUACCGCCACGUCUACCAGUUCACAAACCAAGCCAAGUGGGAGUGGUUUUACAUUAUUCUUUUUGCAUUAUUUUCGGAUCUACCUAUCUAUCAAUCUGCCCGUCUGCUCUUCCUCCCAUGUGCCUUUGCUAUAAGCAAAAGCAAAGAGUGCUUUAAAAUGUUCUUGAGUGCCAAAACGUGCCCGCACUAUCCCGGGGAGACUGUGGGCUCAUCCUUCUUUUGGUUUCCCCCUUCAGUGUCUAGAACAGGUGCUCACCCCAAAGUACUGAGUGAUGGCAACCACUAGGAUACCCUCGAGAUAGGAGUAUAGGAUUCAGUGGUAGGUCAGAUGCCAGCAGACAAAGAAAGUGACCAAUUACAAAGGAGACGAGGGAGGCAAGAAUAGAAACAAGGAGAAAAGAAGAUACUGAACAAAGAGAGGAAAGGGUUGAGCAGAACAAAAAGGGAGAAGAGACCACAAUAGAGGGCCUCCAACUAAGUGUGAGUCAGCAUUUCAAGGCUGGGACUAAAAUAGGCAACCGGAUCUGGGGUUCUAUAAACCACAGAGAACUGGGAAGCUGAUAAUUCUGCCCGAUCCUGGCCUGGGCUCUGUCUUCUGGAGGGGUCUACAAUAGAGCGAAGAGAGAACUGAAAGAUGAAGAGGGUGAGAGCAGCUGUUCACAGCGAUCCCCGAGGACCAGACAAGAGGGAAUAGGUAGUUAACAUUAUAACCAGAGAAACCGGCCAAGACCGGUCCUGGCAUGUGUAAGGCUGCAGUGUCAGCAGAAGCCUCUGGAACAGUGUAUGCACUGUAAGAAGCUGGGUCAGGACGCCUGUAUUCCCAUCUCGGUUCCAACACUGAGGAACUGGGUAACCUUGGGCAAGUCACCAGCUUUUUCUGUGACUCAGUUUCCUUGUCUAGUUAACUUCUGAAGAUUGUCCCUGCUCUAAAACCACAUGAUUUGGUGACCAUCAAUUUCAGUUCCUAAGAGACUGGCACAGAAGAGGGUUUUUUAGGAGGCAGUGGCUGGGUUGCAUUGCUGAGGAUGCUGUGGACGCCGAGAGUGACACAGGUGUUGGCCUCCUUCUGCUAGCGACAGACCUGUUAUCGUGACCACCUUCUCUGUGUUCCCACAGUACUGCCAUCCCCUGGGCUUCUCCCCUCUUCUUCCCAUGCAACAUCAAGUCCUUCCAUUUUCUGCACUCUUCUAGACCAUCCCCACAGCUAAUGUCCAGAAUAAACCCUAAUGACCUAGGACCUGACAAUUUUGUAUCCAUCUCUAUAAAUGCAUUAAGCACAUCAUAUUAUAAUCAUCUGAUUACCAACGUCUCUCCACCUCAGACUUUAAGCAUCUUGAGGUCAGAGAUCUCAUUUUUUUUUUUUUAAUUUAUCCUUGGUUUCCCAACACCCAGCAUGCCCGGCACACAGCUGACCCUGAGUGCACUCUGUCUGUUUGGGGGAAUGGCCCGGGGAAAUGACAGCAGACAAGGGCCUCCAGCUUCCCUCUCCACUCCUGAUCGGGAAGUCAUCUUGACCCUCUUCCCCUCUUGGAGGGAUGUUACACCACUGUAAAAAUCUGUGAGUAAAUGAUACCUCCAAACCCAGGGUCCUCAUCUCUGGCUAUCCGCUCAAAGGGGUCAGCUUCGGUUAGGAGACCUCGGUGGGAGCAACAGGUGUGAUCUGGGCAGCCUCAUCCCCACUUUCCCAGCCUGUGUCUGUCUUCACACCCCGCCUCCACCCAGGACACGCACCAGUCCGUACAGCUAGUGAAGCAGCAAGCUCCCCUCCCCAGCGCGGGCUUCCAGUCUCUCCCCUCAGUCCUUUCCUUUGCUAAGGACCCCCAUUUCUACCGCUGGCUCGGUUGUUCCUCCCUUUCAAAUCUCGAUGUGGGGGCCUGUCCCUUCCCGCACUCUGUCCCUACCAGUUCUAGGCCUACAGCCAACCUCUCCGGCAGAGGCUUUCCAUCUUUAAAAACCGCCUGGAAAAAGUCGAGUAUUUAACCCGACAGUCCAGAAGACACGCGCAUAGAGUGAAACAACGUUUCCCAUACUCUUGCUAAGUGGAAAUCGCCAUCUUUCUACCCCACCGUUCCAGUUAUUCCCUAGUGCUGAUGGUUAUGGCGAAUUGGCUGCAGGCACGAAUGGGUCUCGGCCCACGUUAGAAAACUGUUCCGUGGGGCUGGUGCUCCCGUCCCUCCGGGCUGCGCAGCUUCUAGGCUGAUUUUGAGGGAGUACCACCUGAGGGCAGGCCCGCGUUUCCAGCCUCCUCCUCCGAACAGGUGCAGCCCCCAGCCUGAGCUGCAGAGGUCCCCCUCG